AUGUCAUCAACAAAAACCGAAGAUUAUGAUGUUGAAAAAAUUGUUUCAAAACGAAUCAAUGGCAAAGGUCGAAUUUUCUAUUUAAUUAAAUGGAAAGGUUAUAGUACAGCAUAUAAUACAUGGGAACCAAAAGAUCAUGUGGCUAAUUGUCAAGAUUUAAUUAAAGAAUUUGAAGCUGGAGAAGAAGAGAAUAGAAAGAAAUUAAGAAGUGCAAAUCCUAAUGAAUCUCAAGGUCAAAUAAAUGUUCGAUCAACUCGUUCCAGUGUAUUAACACCAAAACAAUCAACAAAUAAGGGUGAAAGAUCUACACGCAGUAGUAAUCGUAGUUUACCCACACGUCAACAUAAUAAACGUGCAGCAAAUCAUGAUGACAUGGUUAGUGAAGGUGAAAAUGAUAAUGAAUUUAUUGAAAGAAAAUCAGCAUCACCAAAACGAUUACGUAAAAAUACAAAUGAUACUGAUUUAGCACUUUCAAUUGAUAGUGAUAUACUUGAUACAUCAAAACUUGAUCAAAUUCUUGAUGUUCGUCGAAAUAAAAAAACAAAUAUAGUAGAAUAUUAUAUUCAAGUAAAAAAAGUUAAAAAACCAAUAUGGAUGAAUUCAAAUCGUUUAGCUGAAGAUUAUCAUCAACAAGUUAUUGAUUUUCUUGAAGAACAAUUUGUUUAA